GCGACUCUUUCAGACAGAAAAAACCAACAUGGCGGCACGGAAAAAGGAUGGCGCUCCGGACUGGAAAUACUACGAAUCGACUGAAACUAUCGCUCUCUUCGAGCCGGUCAAGCAGUACUUACUAAAAAACUGCAAAAAGUAUGUACAGGUGGAACCACCAACAAAUAAAAUUUUGGCUACACUAACUGCGCAGUUGUUACAAUUCCAAGAGGAUAAUUUUGGAAAAGAUGUCAGUAAGCAGGCCCUCUUGACCAAGCUGCCGAUGAAGAUGUUCAUGGACUAUUCUUCUGGUGGAAGUCUUUGUGUUAUUCUAGCAAAUAUGUUCAAGACCAAGAUGGAGCAAGGAUGGAGAAGAUUUGAUUUUCAGUCUCCCUCACGUAUGGAUAGGAAUGUUGAACUUUUCUUGAACAUUGAAAAAGCCCUGAAAGAGGCCAAAUUGUUGACACUUCCACAAGUGUUUAUAACACCCGAAAUUGAUCCCAGACUUGCAGUCAAGUUAAAGGAUAUAGUGAAAAGACACAAUGGUGCUAUCACAGAAGAGAAAUCUGAAGCAACUCAUAUUGUUUAUGGACCUCCGCCACCCUUUCCAGAAGAGGAGUGGUUAAGGCCACUUUUGAGACAGGAUAAACAGGUUCUGGUUCAUUGGUGGUAUUACCCAGACAGUUAUGACACGUGGGUGCCAUCUACAGACAUUGAGGAUGAGCCACAACCUGAGCCCCAACACCAGGGACCCUGGCAGGUGAAUGCUCGCUGGUUAACAGAUCUGGAUGUGUUUAAUGAGUGGAUGAAUGAGGAAGAUUAUGAGUUAACAGAUGCCGAUGGCUCAGGCAACAAAAGAGAAACAUCGCCAGCUUUAGCAAAGACCAGAAGGAAAAGUCUGAGAACAGGAGCAAGUUCUGAUGAAGUAAGUACUUUAUGUAAAGCAUUAAAUUUUUAUUUGAUAUGGUGUCAGACAGCGUUUUUUUCCCUUUGCAGUGUCCAUGCCAUUGAAAGGAGAGCCUUGCCUGAAUUUUUCAACGGUAAAAACAAAUCCAAGACUCCCGAAGUUUAUCUUGCUUGUCGCAACUUCAUGCUUGAUGCAUACCGACUGAACCCGACAGAAUACCUCACUGCUACGGCCUGUCGACGGAACCUUGGUGGUGAUGUGUGUGCAGUUGUGAGGAUUCACGCUUUUCUAGAGCAGUGGGGUCUGAUCAAUUAUCAAGUGGAUGCUGACGGCCGCCCAGCUCCCAUGGGACCACCAUCCACGUCACACUUCCACGUGUUGGCUGACACGCCUGCAGGACUGCAGCCUCUUCAACCUGCCAAGACACAGAUUCCCCCUUCACAGCAAAUGAUACAGUUUAAGGAUGAUUUCGGUAACAAAGAGAUCUACAAGAGUGGUAUAACAGGGGCCAACUUCGGCCUUCGCUCGGACCAGUAUCUUUCGAAAAAGAGCCAAAAGGCUGCAACAGCCACUAAGGAAUGGACUGAGCAAGAGACGCUUCUUCUGCUGGAGGGCUUGGAAAUGUUUAAAGAUGACUGGAAUAAGGUGGCUGAGCAUGUUGGUACACGAACACAAGAUGAAUGCAUACUGCACUUUCUGAGACUUCCAAUAGAGGACCCGUAUCUAGAAGAUGUACAACUGGGUCCGUUGUCACACCAGCCUGUACCAUUCAGUCAACAGGGUAACCCAAUCAUGUCCACAGUGGCUUUCCUAGCCUCAGUUGUGGAUCCUCGAGUGGCAAGUGCUGCUGCUAAAGCUGCUUUAGAGAAAUUCUCGGAAAUGAAGGAUGAGAUUCCCCAGGCGGUCAUCGACAGCCAUGUAAAGAACGCUGCUAGUGCUCGGGCAGAGAAAGUAAAACAGGAGACUUCAGAAGAAAAUACAGAAGAAACACCGCAACCCAUGGAAGUGAAUGGAAGCCAGGUAACAGGAUCUGAGGGUGGAGAGACACGGGCGCAAGAUGUCAAGAUGGAAGACUCGUCGGAGACGAGUAGCCACGCUCAGAACGGAGAUAAAACACAAGCUAUCAACGAGGAAAACAUUGCAAAGGCAGCUGCAUCAGCUCUGGCAGCGGCAGCAGUGAAAGCUAAGCACCUGGCUCAAGUUGAAGAGCGUAAGAUCAAGAGCCUGGUAGCGCUUCUCGUUGAGACGCAGAUGAAGAAACUGGAGAUUAAACUGCGCCACUUUGAAGAACUUGAAACCAUCAUGGACCGCGAGCGAGAGGCGCUUGAGUACCAGCGCCAGCAACUCCUUGCUGAAAGACAACAGUUCCAUCAAGAACAACUCAAGGCUGCUGAGCUGCGAGCUCGCGCUGCGGCCGGUCAUUUGUCCCCCUCGGCACCCUCCCCAGGGCAGCUUCAACCGCAGUCACAGGUAUCCCAGCCUCAACCCCAGUUUCCACAGCAACAACAGCAGUCACAGCCACAAGCGCCCCAACAGCGGAGGCAUUCUCAACAGGCCCAGUCACAGGUCCCUCAGCCGGGAGUGUCAAGUCACAUGCCACAGGCUGCCAGUCCUGCUCAGCAAGGUAGCAGCCAACAAGCAGGCUCCAAUCCACCCUCUGCCUCUGCCUCGCCAGCUCCAGUAUCAAUGAACCCUGGCUCCGUCCCUCAAAUCGGCUCGCACCCUCCCUCUGGCUGUAGCACCCCAGUGUCAUUCAUGGGAUCGAAUGCCGCCUCUCCUGCAUCAGCUCCCGGUACCCCCAGCAAUGUUCCUAUAGCUCAUGCUACCGCUGGUCAGAUGGUUCACGGGCCUGGUGACAAUGCGGUGUCAAGCCCAGUGCCUCCGGCUGCAAGCAUGAUGGAGUGAUGAGAUCGGAGCGGCGUCAACUUUUGACCACGAAUAGUUUCCUUAGUUUUUGUUGUUUCUUUUAUAAAGUAAUAAAUUGUCAUUUAUGCCAAGAAUUGUCACUAGUGUAGUAGCGUUCACUCUAAUCCUGUCAGUCUAUAGCUUGAGAUAGAACUGGUAACAGGGACAGGGAUCUUGCCCAGCUUACGAUAAACACUAAGAAUGCAAACUUCUUCCAAAUUAUAAUUUUUUUGUUUUAUUGCCUCGUUCAAUGCUGCGAUAAUGACUAACUGUAUACAGUAUACUACGGUGCUAGGACUGGCCAGCCCUUAGUGAUUAAAGAACAAACCAUAAUUGUAGCCAGCAUUAACAUUAGCAUUAGCAGUCCCACUGCAACAAAAAUCAGUGAUACAGUUUACAAAUGUUUAUGAGUGUUUUUCAAAGGCAGGCCCAAUUCCUUUCUAAUGUCCGUUUACGGAGCUUAAAAACAAAGGAAAAGUUGAGAUCGUAAGCCUUCCAAGUGUCCGCGGCCGCUUACGGGAAUGAGUAAAUACAGAGUUUCUAUGGGAGUUCAAACGGGGUUCUAUGAAGACGGUCGUAAGUAGAGCUGCCCGCUCACGAGAGUGUCCGUUAAGAGAGCUUCCACUGUAUCCGUGACUUUCGAAUCGAGAAGUCUGGGGCUAGUGUCAUCACGCAAUAGACCAAUUUCGAUAUGUUAAAAUUCAGCCUAACACAAUAGACUUCAGCUUGAGGCUCUGGGGAAUAAACCCCGCAAACUAUUCAGUUAUUCGCCAGAACUUUUGCUUGUAGAAUCGAUACUGUUAGCAAGGCACUGACGUUUUAUUAACAUUCGGAUUAGCAGUGUGAAUGGUCUUACCGGGAGUAAGGUUGCUCAAAUUAACUGUUCUUUCUAAUGGAAAAUAUAAAAUUCAGCGUUCGUACAAACCUUGAAAAGUCCUUGAAAAAUAACGAAAUCUUUCAAAAGUCCUUGAAAAUCGACAAAUUUAGGUUUUCAUCUUGAAUAGUCCUUGAAUUUCUUGACAGAUCCUUGAUUUUGAUGAUGGCAAAGUUAAGGGUUGGAACAUUUGACUCCUGAGGGAGGGGAAGGGGAUGAUUUGGUGUAGGCAUAAUUUUUUUAACCUGGAUUUUUUUUUUCUUGGGGCAUGGGGUUUGCAUGAAAUUUUUUACCCAUGUAACACCCUUUUUAUCGGUUCACUGAACGCGAGUUAACUUUUGUUGGCAGGGGUCGUGUGCAUUCUUUUUUUGUUAUUAUUUUUGCAUAAGUCACAGCUACGUUGGGCAGGGCGUGUCUCCAGUAUGCAAGACCACCGCCUGCCAAGGAUCGCACUGCAUGGUGAACUCUCUACUGGCCAGCGCGACAGAGAGGCACCGAAAAAGCGCUACAAAGACAACUUCAAGCAAUCCGGUCCUUGAGCGCUACAAAGACAGCUUGAAGAAAACUCUCGGUAUUCUCGGUGCCUGCUGCCACAGUGACCACAGCCGGUGGUCUACCCUUGCAACACACCAGGACACCUGCGGUCACACCAUCCAACAAGCCGUCUACUCCUUCGAGGACACCCGUAAGGCAAACAUGACGGAGAAAAGACGCAGAGGAAAGGACCGCGAUGCUGCAGCACCAAACCUUGAUGCGACUUUCAUCUGCAGCCGCUGCAGCCGGGCCUGCCAGUCACGCAUCGAACUCACCAGCCACGUGCGCGCCUGCAGUCGUGGUGGAAAAAAGAGAAAGAGAGAAGAGGAGAGGGGACAAGGAGAGGGUAAAGAACAAGAAGCGGCAAGAAAGAGGAGGAUCUCCUCUCCACUCUGGAGAAGGACCGAGAAGGCCAGCGCAUUCUCGGCCCUUCCAUCCAGCCCGAGCGUGUUCGCAGGCACAGCUUAGGUCAAGGGCAAUGCAUGGAAGGAUCACAUUAGGUGUCAUAAGGGCGGAUUUAGACAGUUCAACUUAGCUGUAUGCUGCAACCUUACCGCAAGUGUAAAACACGAAUUAUUUCGCGUAAAUCAAACGCACAAAUUCACAAGCAGGUUGACGCUUUACAAACCAUUCGUGUCGGUUGCCGCAUUCGGCAAACGUCGCGCUGUUUAAAUCGACCCCAAGAAGUCAACCGUAAAUGAUAUACAAAAGCCACAUUGAUUUGAUCAAAAAUAUGUAUAUUCUUUUACGAGACAUAAAAACAAAUGAAAAUUCAUUAUAAAAAUAACUUCCCCUUAUUUAUCUGUUUUCAUUAUUGACAUCUUAUUAAAAAUUAACUGGGUUUUUAGCCUCUCUGAUCAAGACCACUAGUCCCAGGCUAGAAAAACAUCUCCCGUCAGCUAAGAUUUUAUCGCCGAGAGCACACUGGGAACGAGAAUGGGACUAUAUUUCCUCGUUUCCUUGACUUGUGUAAUUCUGCGAUACAAAUAUGGGACUAAAAAUAUGUAAAAAAUUCUCUUUACCUAAUUUUCACUAUAACCUUGGCAACAAGCAAAGUAAUCUAGAACAAACUACGUUUCAUAAGGAUUUAAAAAAAAAAAAAUUAGGAUGGUCAAACCUUAAGUUAAAAAA